AUGUACAAGUCACACGCCCUCACAACUCCAACAUCCAUCCGUCUCUUGGAUAUUAUCGAGUCCAGAGACGGCAUCAUUCGUUGCUCCAUGCGAGUAGUCGACCUAAAUGAUGAGAAUUUCGAAUUCGCCGCCGUCUCAUACACAUGGGGCAACCCCACUACAGUUCACGAAGACCCCAUGCCCGACAUCGAUGGCUUGGAAUUCGCAGAACACGCCGAUAAACUUCCUUUCACCUAUUACAGCCCAAAACUGGGACCCGAUGGCGAUAGACUGGUGAUGGUUGAUCGGGCCAAGCUUCUGUACUACGAUAUGCAUCGUUAUGUCCCGCGCGAAGAGGUGCUUUGGCAAAAGCGCACCCAUCAUGAAAUAGAGGUUGAUGGGAGUCGAGUGCCAAUCGAGGAAAAUCUCUUAUCGUUCUUCCAGUCGGUAUUGAAACUUCGAGCGGCAACCGCUCCAGGUCCAGGAGAGCCGGAGAGCACGGCUUACCGCUCCAUCAACCUGCCCAUCUGGGCUGAUGCACUAUGUAUCAACCAGGCCGACCUCGAUGAACGAGCGGCCCAAGUCAAGCUUAUGGGGCACCUAUACAAGUCAGCGAGCCUCGUACUUGUCUGGGUUGGCGAACAUGACAGGCUUGCAGAACUAGCGAUACAGGCAAUGGGGAGAAUUCUUGAUUUCGACGCAACUCGUCUUCACGCACAAGACUCAUCAUACCAAGAACAAGAGGAAGUCACCAUGUUUUCAGUACCAGGUAUGACAGUAGCGCACUGGUUCGCCCUCUUUUCUCUCUUCCAAAGGCUUUGGUUCCGAAGGGCUUGGGUCGUUCAGGAGGCUGUCUUUGCUCGGGAUAUGUUGAUGGUUUGCGGCGCGACGCUGCAAAGUAUGGACUUCAUCCUGGCGGUUGCUGGAUUUCUGGAACAGACGGGAAUCGAUAUUGAGUUAUGCAAGUUUGGGCAAAGUUUCCUCACUAAUCGAGCUGUAUCAGACCAGUCUCAACACUGGGAGAAAUUGUCGUUGCUCUCAGGACAGCCAGCGAGGGUGGUUAAUGAGUUAAAGGUCACUCCGCGCGAUGCUCUGUCUUUUAUCAUAGGAUAUCACCAUACUCGCUCGCGUCUUGGGCUCUGCAAUGCCGGCCUACCUGUGGUCACCCUACUUCCAGAUGAAGAAGGGGAAGACGGGAAAACCAAGGGUAAAUCAUGUCGAUGGGCCGUAAGGCUUCCCGAAGUUACCCACCUCAUCGAUCACGAUAUGGUGGCAUCUUUCUGUGAGGAGCUGGGUACAACUGGUUUCAGAUUUGAACGCCGAAAGCUGCACUUACUUUCCGUCCUCUCCGACUUCCGGGAGCUCGAGGCUACAGAUCCUCGAGACAAGAUCUUCGCCUUUCUGAACCUUGCUGAGGACGGUCUCGGGCUACAACCAGACUACAGUGCCGAUAUCAAAGAGGUCUUUAUCCAAGCAACAAAGACAAUGAUUAACAAACGAAUUGGUUCGCACCUUGCGGUCCUAUCCCAUGUGCAAGAUCUUUCAGACACAAGGAUCCAAGGUCUUCCAAGCUGGGUGCCAGACUUUAGCGCCAGGCUGGGACGGGUUCCUUUCGAUCAAGGUGGGCAUGAUGAUCGUUUUUGCGCCGGCACUCACCAGGACAUUGAUUACGACGACUGGGUGAUCCAUAUUGAUGCUGAUGAUAAGCUAAGUGUCAAGGGUAUCAAGCUGGAUACUGUAUCCAUGUCUACAGAGCUUAAUCAAGAUCCAGUUAUCCAGGCUCUACGACUGGCUUUGCAUAGUCCAGCCGAAUAUCCUGAUCAAGCCAGAGCAUGGCGUGUCGAGAAUACUGGCGUUAGUAGCUCCAGGCGAUACAUCCGCCCUUCACAAGCGGUGACCCGGGUUGAAGCCCUAUGGCGCACUCUGAUCAUUGAUAAACUGACUGAAGAGGAGGACGACUUCGGGAGUUUGGACUCAAGAGUGAACAUAGGGACGGGCUUCAGCAACUGGAUUCUGACGGACAUCCUAGAAGCUCGCGACUUUCUUGCUGAGUGGUCAGGACAUUGCUCGGAAUCGUGGGCAUGGGAACUGAUUCAGAAGUCGUUCACUACUCGCUUAGCUCUCUGGUCGGCCAUGUAUGACGCACGGCAGGUGUCCGAUGAACUGCAGGUGCCAGAUCUCGAAACAGCUAUAGCUGAUUUCAGAGAAAAGAUAGAAAAGGAGACAGAAAAGCCAGACAACAAUGGAGAGGAUGAAGAGGAAGUAAGUGAUCGAAGCCAAAAGCUAGCACAGGAAGCAGAAAAGGAGGGGGAGAGCGAACAUGAGAAAGAAGAAUCGGAAUCAUCCGAUAAAGGAGAAUGUGAUGAAAAAGCUCAGGGAGGCAACAUUUCGUUGGACACAAGCUUUUUACCCCCAGCACGGCUCAUCAGCAAAGGCUUUCGAGCUCCUGUGAUGGAAGAAGACGAACAAGAUAAGGACCCAUUGGGGGGCAAGUAUAAGAGACCUUCGAUGCAACGACUAACUCCCUUGGGGCGGAGAAAGUUGCGCAACUUCGAAAAGCACAUGCGGAAUGCUACUCAGGGCCGAAAACUCUUCAUGACGGAAUCGGGAUUGCUUGGCCUGGGACCCAAGACUCUCGGACAGAGUAGCAGCAAGGAUGAAGUAUGGAUCUUGAUGGGGGCUCGGGUGCCUUUCAUUCUACAUCAUAUCGAAGGUUCCAAGUAUCGUAUUGUUGGGGAGGCAUAUGUUCAUGGAGUGAUGUAUGGGGAAGGAUAUGAUCGUUAUACUGGCUGGGAUGAGUUUGGGCGCACUGGCAUGUAUAACAUUCAGUUGGUCUAA